AUGGUGCCAAUCGCCUUUUAGAAGAGUAAAAUAAGAGUCUAAAGUUAUUUGAUAAUACAUUAAUCUUAAUAAAGUGAUUCAUCUUAAGUAAAUUAAAUAGAAAAAUAGAAUGAAUCAGUUGAUAUAUCAAAUUAGAGUUAUUAUUCGGAUAUAAACGCUAAGCAUACAAUAUUGAGAUGGAUUUAUAAAGUUUUCGAUAAUAAAAAUGAGUCUAACAUAUAUUCAAUAUUAUGA